AUAGCGCUGAAACAAAAAAUCGUGUUUGUGCUACCCGGUGGUGUCAAAAAUUAUCUCUAAAAACUUGCUUAUCACCGUUAGGUUAUCAUGGGCUUGUUCUGUUUAAAGUUUUUUUAAAGUUUUAGGAAGGAGCACAAGGCGGCCGGACGUUUCCACGUAUCCUGGAAUAACAUUUUAUGCUGUGCAUGAAAUAAUACCUAAUUGUUGAAUCUACACACUUUAACACAUUGUGAAAAUGACCACAAAAAAAGACACCGUGAAAUCUCGACUUAAUCCUGCAGCAUGGGUGAUGUUCACAUCACUUGUCAUUGAUCUUAUUGGUUUCACCAUCAUAUUGCCACUCAUGCCAAAACUGCUAGACCAUUAUAGCCUUACAGGUGGUGCUUCUAUUAGUUUUCUUGAAAGCACAGUGAAAACUUUACAAGAGACACUAAACAUUCCUGAAAAAUUCAACUCUGUGAUGACUGGAGGUGUCCUAGGUUCUUUGUUUUCUUUUUUGCAAUUUUUGGCCUCUCCAUUGGCUGGAUGUCUGUCUGAUUGUUAUGGUAGAAAACCUGCAUUGCUUGUUAGCAUGGUUGGAAUUGCUGCCUCCUAUGCUCUGUGGGUUGUGUCUGACAACUUCAUACUCUUUGUAUUAGCUAGAGCUGUGGGUGGGAUAAGCAAAGCCAAUGUAAGCUUAGCAACUGCUGUAAUGGCAGAUAUCACUGACAGUGCAACAAGAGCAAAAGCCAUGGCGUUAGUUGGUGUUGCGUUUGCCAUAGGUUUCAUAAUAGGACCUGUCACCGGUGCAGCGUUUUCAGCAUGGGGUAUCGAUAGCAAUGAAGGGAAUUGGUGGUUUUGGCCAGCGAUUUUUUCGUUAACUUUAACCGUAAUCAAUUUCGGAUUUUUAUCAGUAUUCUUUAAAGAAUCAUUACCUAAGGAAAAAAGGGCUAAAUCACUUCAAUUAUCUCAAACAUGGAAUCUCGUCAAUCCUGUGUCUCUUUUCAAAUUUCAGUUAGCCGAUGGCAUCUCUAAAAAAGAUCUGGAGAAAUUGAAAGUACUUGGAAGAGUCUACUUUUUGUUUUUGUUUCUUUUCUCUGGACUCGAGUAUACGUUAACAUUUUUGACUCAUUUGCGAUUCAACUAUAACGCUGCUCAACAAGGCAAAAUGUUACUCUUUAUUGGCUUGUUGAUGGCCUUUUUUCAAGGCGGUUUAGUCCGACGAGUCAAGCCCGGCAAAGAAAAAAUGCUCGCGUUAAUUGGACUUGGAGUUAUCAUCCCUAGCUUUGUAGUAGUAGGUCUUUCCAAUAGUGCAACAGCUUUGUAUUUUGGACUUGCCUUGUACUCUUUGGGUUCAGCCAUCGUAAUUCCUUGUCUAACUGCAAUGACCGCUGCCUAUGGACGAGCCGAUCAGAAGGGAGCAGUUAUUGGUACCCUUAGAUCAUUGGGAGCGCUCGCUCGUGCCUUCGGCCCUUUACUUUCUUCAUUUGUAUUUUUUGUGUUCGGAGCCGGGCCAUGCUACUGCAUUGGAGCUGUUGGUCUAAUACUGCCGUUCGUUUUACUUCGUCAGUCGCCGUUGUAAACGUAAACUACCAUCAACUGUGAUUUAAUCUUUCUUUUUUUCUUGAUGCUGCAUCACACACAUCACAUCACUCUAGGGGAUACUUUCUUUAGCUUGGUUUGGGAACUCUAAAAAUAGUGCUGGAAAAUCAUUAACUACUAUAAAAGUGUCAAUUCUUUUUGAUUCUCAUGAGGUAAUUGCCAAUAUCGUCAUUCCAAUUUUUCUGCCCCGUCUGCUUUGUUAAGAAAUACAUUCAGAGUUUACGCUGA